AUGAAUGCCGCAAAUUUUCCCAAUGCCGGCGGGGGCAUGCCUGGCGGAGGUAAUCCGCAUGGCCAGAUGCAGGUUCCGCAGCAGAAGCCAGAGAAUCAGAUGAUGGUGAACUAUUUGGCCCAGGCAUUGCAGUCCCAGGGUUCUUUUACCGGAUGGAGAGCCGAUGUUCCUCUCAAGGAGCGGGCUGUCAAUGUACAUCAGAUGUGUACAUCCCUUCGUUUAAUACAACCGCAUGCCUCUCUACAGAGCUUAGCGCAGGCUGCUUUAAGUUUUGAGCAGAAGGCCUUCAACAAUGCAAAAGAGAAGGUCGAUUACGAUAAGGAAUGCAACGAUAAACUGGUUCAUAUUCAAGAAACUCGGGCUAGACAGGCGGCUGUAUUACAACAAAAUGGCGGCAUGAUGGCUCAGUCGGGGCACGCGGCGGGAAUGGCCGGAGUUGGACAGGCGUUUCCUCAACAAAUGGGCCGCCCGGCACAAGCUUCUCCAAUGCCUGGACAACAGCAGAUGGCCAUGGGGAUGAAUGAUCCGAGUCGGCAGGCGGCUAUACAGCAUCGGCAGCAACAACAACAGCAGCAAUCCCAGGCAAUCCUUCAACAACGAGCGCAGCCAAGACCUGGUAAUGGUAUACCUCUGACGGAUGAUCUUAGCACACUUUCGGCUCAAGAAUACGAACAUGUUUGCCGUAUCGCCAACCAAAUCUUAUCAAAGACUUCUCAGGAAGAUGUGGACAAGAUCAAAAUGAAUCUACAGAACAUGACUCAUGAGCAAAGACAAUACCUUAACCGGAAGAACAUGGAUCCCAUCACAUAUUUCUUUCGCUCUCAAGCAUUGACUCAACUCAGAAGGCACAAACGAUCCCGGCAGGAAGCGCAACAACGUGCGCAGAAUACAGGGGUUGAUCCUAAUAGUGCGAUGAUGGGAGAUCCCAUGAUGAACGCCCAGCAACGACAAAUGUUCCAAAAUAUGAUGAAUCUGCAGCGCAAUUCAUUCUCAAUGGGCAGUCAACCGAAUUUGGAUCCGUCCUCAUUUAUCGGCAACGUUGAAAAUAUACAGGGACAACAGGCGGAUGGUUUACGCUCCCAGGAAGCAGGCCAACUUGUGGUGCCUGCUAGUUCUUCCCAGAUGAACCAACAGCCGUUUACAACGCCUCAGAAUAUGUUUCAAGUCGGCCAGGGUAACCAGACCAAUAUGAACGGUGCCGGCAUCAGUCCUCAAUUCUUCUCCCAACAGCAAUUACAGACGUCCCAAAAUCUCCAGCAAGAUCGAACGCAACAGGCACCUCAAUUCCAACCACAAUCGCAGGCACAAACGCAGGCCCAGGCACGCGCGCAGGCUGCUCAGAAAGCGCAAAUGGCUAUAUCCCAAGCUGGUCAAGCCAAUUCGCAAAUGCAACAACAGAUGACACAGCAGAGUCCCGCCAUGCCGAUGCUCAAUCGUCCCAUGGCUCCGGGUCAGAUAUCACCGGCGCAAGUGGCAGCUCAAGUUCGGCCUCCGUCACGGGCUCCUGGGCAACAACCGGCCGGGGUCCAGCCUCUCGGAGGACAAACGGGCAUGCAGGGCCGGCCUCAGAUUCCUCCUAACCUUCCGCCUAUGGUUCAAGAGCAACUGGCUCGGAUGACCCAAGAGCAGUUAACCGCGUUCUUAAUGAACCAGCAGCGCCGUCCACUCAAUAAUCAAGCUAUGGCAAGAGCAAACGCUAACCAACAGUCCAUGCCGAUGCAGCCGAACCUGUCACAACCUGGCCAAGGUCAACAGAUGGUGAAUGGUCAGGCAGGUAAUAAUCAAAAUAUGCGUGCCUCCCUGAAUUUGCAACAACAGCUCGCAAAUAUGAGUGGUGCACAAGCGCCCAAUCAGAUGCUCCCAGGGCAACAGCAAAUGACAGCCCAACAACGGCAGCAGCAACAACAGCAGCGUCAACACGAUCUAUAUAAGAUGCAGCUGCUUCGCCAGCAGAGUGGGGGCUUGGAAAUGUCCCCGGACCAGGUCAAAGACAUGGAUCGCAUGCCAUUCCCCCCUUCAAUACAUAACAACCUCCCUUCGCCCCCCCCGAAACAUAUAAAGACUUGGGGCCAACUGAAACAAUGGGCAACUGCAAACCCUCAAGUUCUCGGAGGCAUAGAUUUGCAGAAGUUAGUGGCAUUCCAGAAGCUCCAUUUGAACCAUAUAUUGGCACAGAACAAAGAAGGUGGUCGGAAUCCUGAUAGUGGAGGCCAAAAUCCUUGGAUGCAAAUGCCUUUCCAGGGGCAGCCACAGCAAUUUAUGAACCAACAACAGUUCCAACCUGGCCAACAACAAGGGCCAAUAAAUAUGCCUCCAAUGCGCCCGAUCACUGGACAAGAUAUUCAAAUAGCUCGUCAGCGACUAGGAGCUCAGGUGCAGAAUUAUACGGAUGAGCAGCUACGGGAGCUGCUCUACAGGAACCGACAGAAACAGUUAAUGCAGCUUGCCCAGAACCGAGCCGCUCAACUUGCAGCUCAGCAAGGUCAACAGACCCCGUCGUCUCAGCAGCCUCCGGUCACUGCACCUUCGGCCACGCCUCAGAUCAAGUCAGAGGCCCAACACCAGCAACCAACAACACAGUUGAAUCAGCAGAUGCAAGCGACAAAGACCCAGAAUGCAACACCUGGAAAAGGUGUAAAAGGACCUGCUGCUAAGCAACCGCCGAAGAGAAAGAUACCAAAUGAAGAAAGCGCGGACGCUCAGAAUACCCCUGCGCAAAAGUUGGCGCCGCCUGUGGCUUCUCAAGGAUUGUCGGGUUCCACGCCAGCACGACCUAAUAUGCCGUUCACUCGUGAGCAGUUGGUUAAUAUGACACCACAGCAACGUGCACAAUUGGAGGCGCACAUACGGAGGCAGCAGGGCCAGAAUCAAACGCGCGCUCCUAUUUCGAGAACCGCUGCGGAAGAGCAAUGGAACAACCUACCAGACAAGAUCAGGCAAAUGUAUAACGAAAUCCUGGUGCAAGCCCCACCCGCCGAACCUGUAUCUGUUACACCAGAGCAAAAUGCUCAAAUGUCCCAGCAACUACGGGAGUGUACGGAUAUGCUGGGUAGGAUGGAUACACUGGUUCAAUGGUUUUCCAAGAUUCCUAACCAGGAAAAAAAUGUGAAAAGCUUAUUAGCUAUGCGCAUACAAUUAAUGAGGCAAUUUAAACCUGGGCCUGAUUGGACGAUCAAUGACCAUUUUACUGUCUCACCAGAGUAUCUAACAAUGACCACUAACUAUGUCAAAAAGCUUUUCCAAGCCAUGAUCACCCGCGUCAGCCAACAUCAAAAUCAGCCAUCUGGACAACGACCUAGUGUCUCUCAAGGGUCAACUAAUGUGCAAUCGUCCACUCAGAAUAACAUGCCCGCCUUGAACGCAAGCAAUCUCCAGCAACUUCAACAACAGGAGGAGGCUAUUCAGCGAGCCCGAAGGGCUUCAAGCCAGACUGCUGUCUCGGCAACUUCCGCCGUACCACCGGCACCCAUGCCCCCUCAGGAACUAAAACUCCCUCCACCAAAGAAGAGGAAGCAGUCCCACGCUGGGCCCAUUACUGGAACAGCUGGCACCAAAUCACCGGCAGCUAAACAGACUGCAGCAGAUGCCAAAAUGGUUGCCACAGCCAUGGUUGGUCCUUUCAAAUGCAGUGUCCCACAGUGUCAGCAUCAUUACCAGGGCUUUGCAACCCAGAACGCGCUGGACAAGCAUGUUGAAGAAACUCAUAGGGUUGAAGAAUCAAUCGAAGAUCCGCUUCAGUUUGCCCUUGACAGCUUCCGUAACUUGGUCAAAGAGGAGGACAAGGCUUCACCUGAAUCGCAAGCUCCGAAGAAGAGUGCUGGUAGUGCAAUGGACACCCCACAGGUGCCUCCUAAAGUGGGCGUUCCCUCACCCCCCAUGAAGCAGGAGGCAGGAACAACUCCAAUUACCGCGGGUGCUACUCCGGUGGCACGCGUGUUCAGUCAAUUUGGAGCGAAGCCCACUUCUCCCGCAUCCAACCAGACCCCUCGUGGGCCAUCAGCCAAAGUACCUUCGUCGACAGCCAAGCCUUCCUAUAGUAAGGAUGGAAAGAAGGAAGCUGGCAAAACGACCGAGCAGAUGCCAUCCUUGGAGCCUACCAUUGAAGACCCUUGGACUUCAAGUGCUGUUUCUCUUGAGGCGAUCCAGGACACCUUUAUGGACUUUGGGGACGAUAGUGGCUUUGGUUUCGGCCCCAUGGACGAGUUCAUUAAUGCAGACAUGUUCGCCAACACUCAGUCAAAAGAUACACCGGAUUCGGUUGAAACAGCCAUUGUCACCCAGACACCUAAGGACAACGAUUUACCGAAAGUCGGAGACUUGGCAAGUAAAGGUGCGGAAGGCCUUGAAGGCAACUGGAUUCCAAUGGACUGGAUCAAUCUUCCUGGUCGGUUUGAAGAUGGACCUCUUUUGAACGAGUCCUGGGAGGAUAUUGAUUGGGACACCCUCGAUCGGAGUAACAUGAAUGUUGACGAUAGCGGAAUCGCCAUCUGUGCCAUGUGA